AGGGAGGAGUGGAGCAGCUGCCGGCGUGCUGAGAGUCCGCACAAAAAACGACGAAGAAGCCGAGGAGGACGACGGCGACGGCGUGCUUCAUCGCGUCAAGUCCCGCCGCCGCCGCCGCCGCCGCCGCCGCCGCCGCCAUUUGUCGGAAGAAAUUUCGCAAAAGUCACUCGGAACCGGCGGCGCCGCCGCUUCACUUUGACCGACGCGGGGAGGAGGAGCAUGCUGCUCCCGCGCGGACCAAGAUUCUAGAAUGUUCACCCGCCGUUGCGGCGGUGCGGAGCUGCUGCUGGUUCUGUGCGGCCUGGACGCGUCGCUGCCGUGCCCGCUCCACUGCAUCUGCUACACGUCGCCCAGCACCGUGUCGUGCCAGGCGCACGACUUCCAGGCCGUGCCCGAGGGCAUCCCGCCCGACAGCCGGCGCAUCUUCCUGCAGAACAACGAGAUCGGCCGGCUCCUGCGCGGACACUUCCCGCCGGCCGCCGCCAUGCUGUGGCUGUACUCCAACAACAUCUCGUACAUUCAGCCGUCCGCCUUCCACGGCUUCCGGCUGCUGGAGGAGCUGGACCUGGGCGACAACCGCCACCUGAAGGCGGUCGGCGCUGAAACCUUCCGGGGUCUGGACCGACUCCGCGCCUUGCACCUGUACCGCUGCGGUCUGCUCAGCCUGCCGCCGGGCGUCUUUGCCGACCUCCACGACCUCCAGUAUCUCUACCUGCAGGACAACCAGUUGGAGUUCCUGGAGGACGACCUGUUCAUUGACCUGCUGAACCUCAGCCAUCUGUUCCUGCACGGCAACCGCCUGUGGAGCCUCCACCAGAACACCUUCCGGGGCCUGGGCGCCUUGGACCGCCUGCUCCUGCACCAGAACCGCAUCCAGUGGGUGGACCGGCAGGCUUUUCAUGACCUGGGGCGCCUCACCACGCUCUACUUGUUCAACAACUCCCUGACGGAGAUGUCGGCGGGGAGCCUGGCUCUCCUGCCUUCCCUCGAGUACCUCCGCCUCAACGACAACCCUUGGGACUGCGACUGUGAGGCGCUGCCUCUUUGGGACUGGCUGCGGAACUUCCGAGGCUCCACUUCUUCAUUGGUGUGCGUUUCGCCUCCAGAGAUGGAGGGGAAAGACUUGAAGAUGCUGAGGAAGGAGGAGCUACCCACUUGUCUGAAGGGAGAGGGCGGGGCAGGCGGUGUCGCCGGUGGCGAUUCAUUGAACCACCUGAAUCGUCACCGGAACCGCCACAACCAACACCAGCGACCGUACCUGCCCCACGGUGAUCAGCACAACCUACCGCCACCCUCAACCUUGCCACGGCCACCCAAGGGGGGCCGCGGAAACUGCACCCGGCGGGGGCGCAAGGCCAAAGUGGGGCCCAACGAGGUGCGGCUGCUUGGCAAGGGGAGGGAGAAAGACUUCAGGGGUAAACAUGACGGGAUGACCACUGCCAGGAGGAAGAACAAGUGUUUGCCAAGAACUUCGGUGGGCCCCCCCAGUGGGGUCCAGAGGGCCACUAGUGCGGCGGCGGCACCCUUUGCUGGGGCCUUUUUCUGUUUAGCGCUGCUAGCAUCACUGCUAACUCUGCACUGACCCAAGACUUGGUCACUUUUGACUGCUUUGUUUGGACCUCGUAAAAGGCACUCACAAGUCCAUUGUCAAAAGUACAAAGGCCCAGAACGUGUACCGUGUACAGUCCAGAAUUUGUGCAAUUUUCAAGCAGAUCAUUUUGGAAAUGUCUCAGUCAGGGAAAAUAACAUACUCCUUUGAUGUCUGUGUAGAUUCUCCGUCAUUCAGGUCAUGAUAAUCCACAAAGGUUGAAUGGAGGCUGCUGGACUUGUCCUUGUUUGUUGAAGUCAUUUCACCUUUGUUCCAAAAUGCUUCAGUUCUUAAUUUUAGGUGUGGCGUCUCGCUGUUAAUGGCUCUGGUGGGUGUAUCCCAUUAGGGCGAUCAUUUGCAUCUUGCGUCUGUCCUGAUACCCCCCCCCCCCCCCUCCCCCCAAGACAGUUGGUCAUGAUGGUCGUUCCCCAGCCAUGACUGGCAAUGCCAACAACGCCAGAGACAUACUAAAUAGUGAGACUCCGCAUCUAAGAUUUAGAACUCAAGAAGCCUUUUGGAUUAAACAAAAACAAGAGUCCAGUUGCCUCCAUUCAACUUUUGCGGAUUACAAUUCUGAGGUGUACAUAGGAAAGUUGGUACACAGUGGGAGUGCCUAACAAGGACCUCUCCAUCCUCAAACAUGGAGACUUACCGUCAAACUUCUCGAGAAGGUUUUCCUAAAUGCUAGAUCUCGGACGGUGCCCCAUCAAUGGGCUGCUUGGCCAUGUUUAUGGUUUUGGGACCGUGGUUCAUGGCCCAAGUCCUGUUCUUGGUUAUAGCCUAUGGUCUUGACCAGAGUCAGUGUCUAGACUGUAGAUCAUGGUUAUGGUCCAUGGUCUUGGAUCUGGGUCUUAGGCCUGUUUUUUUUUUUUUUUUUUUUUCCCCUUUGACUAUGACCACAAUCAUGCCAACACAAGCACAAAGUCAUGUUCUUGGUUAUAGCCCAUGGUCUUGGCCAGAGUCAGUGUCUUGACUGUAGAUCAUGGUUAUAGUCCAUGGUCUUGGAUCUCAGGCCUGUUUUUUUUUUUUCUUUGACUAUGACCACAAUCAUGCCAACACAAGCACCAAGAUUUUUUUGUGUGUGUUAAGAAGACCACUGGAGAUAAACUGGUGACCAGGAGUGGGGAUGCUUGUGUAAUGUCACCUGAUGAUGUCACCUUGGUGGUGUGCGAUGUCACUUGUAUCUUCUGUCCUGCGAAGAGGUUGUAAAAGUUGAAAUCCUGUUCUUGUUUCUCCUCAAACCUCAACUCUUCCAGUCCUGUUUUUACCUCCAUUCUCUCCUUAUCUCCAUCUUCACCUCCUUUCGCAUCAAUUCCCCCCGUCAUCUCCUCUGCCCCCAACUCUUUCAUUCUCCUCCAUCGUCUCCCACAGCAAAUUUCUAAACCGCUCUUCCACCUUUUUCUCAUCUCCUCCACUCAUUUCUCUCUCUAUCCUCAGCUCCCCACAACACAUCUCCUCCAACCUGUCUUUUCCAUUUUCACCUUUUCCUUUGUCUUCUGCUUUCAAAGCCAAUCUUCUCCAGCUUCACCUCCUGCAACUCUCAUUUUCCACUCAACUCCUCCACCGUUACCGCUCUUUUCCAUAUCAUCCUGCAGUCUCCUCCCCCUUUAUCUCCUAUCUUCUCCAGUUCGACCACAUUGUCACCAUCUUCACUGUCUCACAUUCCUUUCUCCUCCACCGCCUCCAUCCUUACCUUUCCCUUUAAUACCUCCCAUCCACCUUCACUUGCUAUUUUCUCGUUUCACUUCAUGUUACUGUCUUUUGCUCCUCCCUUUCCAUGUCCUCCACCAUUAUAUCCUAGCUCCUCCUGUUUUCCUGUCUCUUCCUUUCUCCUCCACCCUUGCCUCCUAUCUUCUCCAGUUUCACCACCUGCUGUCACCAUCUUCUCCUCCUCCUCAACGAUCCCCCCAUCUAUGUUCCAUUAUCACCCCCACCAUAUAUCUCCAUCACCACCUCCUCCCUUACACGACACAAAUACACAGUUUCUAAAUAAAAAAAUAAACAGGUGUCCUCAAACAACUGCGUCCUGCUCUUAGUGCGUGUGUGUGUGUAUAAGAGAGUCCUGCUAAUAAAUGAGCUGAGGCACAUUGAUAAGCCAAAGAGAGAAAACAAUAAUAGGCAAAAAAAGAAGAGAAAGAAGUAUUUUGGCCUCUCUGGUGUCCUACUUUCGCUGUCAUAUCAAAUAUGCGGCGCACGCACACUCACGUGGUGUUGUCAGGGCGUAUUAGUGGUGAGGGGGGUGUCAGGUCAAAGAGUGUCAGCAUUAGCAAUGUUAGUGUUCUGCAGUCACUUUCUUUGUAGAGUAUGAGAAGGCCGGCAGUCCAGUGGGAGGAAGAAGAAAAGUAGGAGGACAAGGCAGUGAAGGGGAAAAUGAAGAGGUGGCGGUGAAGAAGAGAAGUGGUGGUGGUGAAAGAGGACAAGUUGGAGAAAGGGGUGGAGGAUGAAUAGGUGGAGAAAGAAGAAGGGUGGCGGGAGAUGGAGGGGUGGAACAGGAGAGGGCGGAGGACGAAGAGGAGAAGGGAGCGAAGGAGGAAGGACAAUGAAGAGGAGGUGCGGGAGCUGAGUAGGAUGGUGCUCGUAAAAUUAAAAAAAAAUAAAUAAAUAAAUAAAAAUAAAAAAAAGGGGCUACGACGAGUAUCAAGAGUUCAAUUUCAGGCGCAUAACUGCUGUGCCUUGGCAGACGUUUUUGGUCGGAUAUUCCUAUCGGGCUCGAUGGCACUAGACUAAAACAUUCAACAAGAUUCCCUCACCAGAUGAAUACCUUUCAGAAUUUUUAUUAUAACUCCGUGCGUGCGUGAGAGACUGAGAAACUGGAGCAGUCCUCAGGAGGAGGCGGCGGCCAUGUUCUCGUUAAGGCUUUCAAUUAAAGCCUGCCGCUUGUCCAUCACAGGAAGGAGCGGAAGACGCGAAGAACGGCAUAGCCAUAGACGGGCUAAUGAAUUGAAUCUAAUGUAUGUAGCGGCGUUGGCACGCUUCAAGGAGUGGAUAUUUCAACGCAAACAGUGCAGCAACAUAUGUAGAUGAACAAUGGCACUACAGUCACAGGUAUUCGUCAUCCUCUGCGAACAAUGACAAAGACUACAGUGGCUUACAGGGGAGUAAUUUGUGUCCAUCUGGAUGUGUAUUCUGUGCAUAUGUAUUACACUGCCCCCAGGUGGCCAAGGGGCUCACACCAGAGGAAGAAGCGCAAUGUCCACUGAA